AUGUCGCCUCAAACGAACGGCGUGGAUGGCGGUGGCCCCACGCGAAUCAACAUCCUGGGUAGCGAUUCCAUUAUCGUCGAACAUGGCAUCUGGGAGAACUUUGUCGCCGACGAUCUCCUCGAAAAUAUCCAGUCCUCGACAUACGUCCUCAUCACUGAUACGAAUCUGGAACACAAGUACGUCCCCAUCUUUGAGGCCGCUUUUAAGAAGACCGCCGCCCGCCUCGGCAACAGCGAGAGUCGCCUGCUAUUCAAGACUGUGCCCCCCGGCGAGACAUCCAAGGGCCGCGAGACCAAGGCUGAGAUCGAGGAUUGGCUGCUCUCUCACCAAUGCACAAGGGACACUGUCAUCAUUGCCCUAGGAGGCGGUGUCAUCGGUGAUAUGAUUGGCUAUGUGGCAGCAACUUUCAUGCGUGGCGUUCGCUUUGUCCAGGUCCCCACCACCUUGCUCGCUAUGGUGGAUUCAUCAAUUGGCGGCAAGACUGCUAUCGAUACCCCCAUGGGCAAGAAUCUCAUUGGCGCUUUCUGGCAACCAAAGCGCAUCUAUAUCGACCUGGCCUUCCUGGAGACCCUGCCUGUCCGCGAGUUCAUCAACGGCAUGGCCGAGGUCGUCAAGACGGCUGCCAUCUGGAACGAGGAAGAGUUCGCCUUCCUCGAGGAGAACGCAUCUGCUAUUCUCGCAGCUAUCCGCUCCAAGACGGCCGACCUGUCUGAGAGACUCGUCCCUAUCCGGUCUACACUUAAGCGCAUUGUCUUGGGGUCCGCCGGCGUCAAGGCCGAGGUUGUGUCGCAGGAUGAGACCGAGGGUGGACUGCGCAAUCUCCUAAACUUUGGCCACUCCAUCGGUCAUGCCUACGAGGCCAUCCUGACACCUCAGGUGCUGCAUGGCGAGGCAGUAGCCAUCGGCAUGGUGAAAGAGGCCGAACUCGCGCGUUAUCUCGGAGUGCUGCGACCAAGCGCCGUCGCCCGCCUGGUCAAGUGUAUCGCAAGUUACGACUUGCCCACGUCUCUGCAUGACAAGCGCAUCGUCAAGCUGACCGCUGGCAAGCACUGCCCUGUUGACGUGCUCCUACAGAAGAUGGCCGUCGAUAAGAAGAACGUCGGCAAGAAGAAGAAGAUUGUCCUUCUCUCCGCUAUCGGCAAAUGCUUCGAGCCCAAGGCGAGCAUCGUUGAGGACAAGGCCAUCAGAGUAGUUUUAUCUCCCGCCACACGCGUUGCUCCCGGGGUCCCCAAGGACCUCAACGUUGAGGUGACCCCUCCUGGAUCCAAAAGUGUCUCCAACCGCGCUCUCGUCCUGGCCGCUCUUGGCAGAGGAACAUGCCGCAUCAAGAACCUGCUUCACUCAGAUGACGUCGAAUUCAUGUUGAAUGCCAUUACCAAGCUCAACGGCGCUACAUACAGUUGGGAGGAUGCGGGCGAAGUUUUGGUCCUUACCGGCAAGGGAGGUGAGCUACAAGCAAGCGAGGAGCCAUUGUAUCUGGGAAAUGCCGGCACUGCUUCCCGUUUCUUGACCUCUGUCGUUGCCCUGUGCUCGCCGUCCAAGACAAACUCGACCGUGCUUACAGGCAACGCGAGAAUGCAAGUGCGCCCUAUUGGCCCCCUCGUAGAUGCCCUGCGAACAAACGGCGUAAAGGUGGAUUAUCUGAACAAGGAGAAGAGUUUGCCUGUACGAGUCGACGCUAAUGGUGGUAUCGAUGGUGGUGUUAUUGAGCUGGCAGCAACCGUCUCUUCCCAAUAUGUCUCGUCGAUUCUCAUGUGCGCUCCAUACGCCAAGAAACCAGUCACGCUCCGUCUUGUUGGUGGAAAGCCCAUCUCGCAGCCCUACAUCGACAUGACAACCGCCAUGAUGAAGACCUUCGGCAUCACUGUGACACAGUCUCAGGAUGAACCGCACACUUAUUACAUCCCUCAGGGAACUUACCAGAACCCCGAGGAGUAUGUUGUAGAAAGCGAUGCCAGUUCGGCCACAUACCCUCUUUCUGUGGCAGCCAUCACAGGAACCACCUGCACCAUCCCCAACAUUGGCUCCAAAUCCCUGCAGGGCGAUGCACGUUUCGCUGUGGAUGUCUUGAGGCCCAUGGGAUGCAAAGUUGAGCAGACCGACUACUCAACGACUGUGACCGGCCCGGCACCUGGCACGUUGAAGGGCAUCGAACAUGUGGAUAUGGAGCCCAUGACAGACGCCUUCCUCACGGCUUCAGUCUUGGCCGCAGUUGCUACUGGCGUCACGAGGAUCACUGGUAUCGCCAACCAGCGCGUCAAAGAGUGCAACCGUAUUGCAGCUAUGAGGGUUCAACUUGCCAAAUUCGGCGUCCAGAGCGGCGAACUUGAGGAUGGCAUCGAGAUCAGCGGCAAGAACUACACCGAGUUGACCGAGCCCAAGGAAGGUGUCUACUGCUACGACGAUCACCGUGUCGCCAUGAGUUUCAGCGUCCUUUCCGUCUUGUCGCCAAACCCGGUUGUUGUGCUGGAGCGCGAAUGCACCGGAAAGACAUGGCCUGGUUGGUGGGAUGUCCUGGCACAGUCCUUCAAGGUAGACCUGGUUGGUAUUGAUGCUGAGGCUGACCCGAAGGAUACCAAGAAGCCUGACGAGGGCCCAUCCGUCUUCAUUAUUGGCAUGCGUGGUGCUGGCAAGACAACGACUGGUGGCUGGAUGGCGAGCAUUCUGAAUCGACCUUUCACGGACCUUGAUUCGGAGUUGGAGCGAAGAGCUGGCAUGACGAUCCCGGAGAUCAUUCGUAAUAGCAGUGGUGGCUGGGAAAAAUUCCGCAAAGAUGAGGCGGAUCUUCUUCGCGAUAUGAUGCAGAAUCAGUCUCACGGACAUGUUUUCUCGUGCGGUGGUGGCAUUGUCGAAACACCCGAAGCCCGUGAACUACUCAUUUCUUACCACAAGAACGGCGGUGUCGUCCUUCUCGUAAACCGUGAUGAAGAUCAGAUAGUUGAAUAUCUUCUACGGGAUAAGUCCCGGCCUGCUUACACCGAAGAGAUCCGCGGGGUCUACCAACGGCGGAAGCCUUGGUUCCUGGAGUGCAGCAGCCACGAGUACCACAGCCCUUACCUGGAUGGUAUCAACGAGGCUCCUGCGGAUUUCAAGGAUUUCGUCACGCUCAUUGCUGGACAAAGCACUCAUUUCGAGAUGGUGAAGAAAAAGCAGACGUCCUUCUUCGUCUCGUUGACUGUUCCAUCUCUUUCUGCUGCGAUUGAUGUUCUGCCACGAGUGGUCGUUGGAUCAGAUGCGGUAGAGCUACGUGUUGAUCUCCUGCAAGAUUUAUCCCAAGAAUUUCUCGUCAAUCAGAUCUCACUCUUGCGCUCCUCAGCCAAGGUUCCUAUUGUAUUCACAGUCAGAUCGAAGGCACAAGGCGGACGUUUCACUUACGAGUCGGAGGAAGAGCUUCUGCCGUUGUACCGAACUGCCAUCCGCAUGGGUGUCGAGUACAUUGACCUGGAAAUGACGCUGUCUUCGGAUACUCUGGACAGCAUUUCACAAAUCAAGGGUUCCACUCGCAUCAUCGCGUCGCAUCAUGACCCCGAGGGUGUCUUGUCGUGGAAGAACGGUGGGUUCCAAUCGUGGUACAACCGAGCCCUGCAAUACGGAGAUAUCAUCAAGCUCAUCGGUGUAGCUAAGACGAUGGACGAUAAUUUUGCGUGCAAGAACUUCCGGGAUCGCAUGGUCGCUGCGCACGACAAGCCCAUUAUUGCUCUCAAUAUGGGAACGAUAGGCAAGCUCUCUCGAGUCUUGAAUGGCUUCUUGACUCCCGUUUCUCACCCGGAUUUGCCCUUCAAGGCGGCUCCUGGACAACUUUCGGCGGCUGAGAUUCGCGCCGGUUUGGCCUUGCUGGGCGAGAUUGAGACGAAGAAUUUCUACCUCUUCGGCAAACCCAUCUCGGCAUCGCGCUCGCCCGCAUUACACAAUGCGCUGUUCAAGCAGACGGGUCUCCCCCACAAGUACAGCUUGAAUGAAACCGAUGAUGCCUCGACUGUACAGGAGCUUAUCCGGUCUCCAGACUUCGGUGGUGCUUCUGUUACGAUACCGCUCAAGCUCGACAUUAUGCCGUACGUGGAUGAGAUUACAGACUCUGCCAAGAUCAUUGGUGCGAUUAACACAAUCAUCCCGCAAGCUACGACCGACGGAAAAGCUCGCUUGAUCGGUACGAACACCGAUUGGAUGGGCAUGGUUUACACGCUUCGGUCAGCUGGUGUGAGCUCAGUGUCGAAGUCAAAGCCUGGAAGCGCCUUGGUGGUGGGGUCCGGUGGCACCACUCGUGCUGGCAUCUACGCUCUCCAUUCUUUGGGCUAUAGCCCAAUCUAUGUUGUGGCACGCAAUGCCAAGAGCGCAACUGAGCUCUGCCAAUCCUUCCCCAGCGACUAUGGGCUUGAGCUGCUCGAGGAUGCCAGUCAUGUGAAGAUUCUCCCAACGGUGAUCAUCACCACCAUUCCAGCAGACAAGCCGAUCGAUCCAGCCAUGAAGGAACUUCUGGGAACAGUGCUGCGACAACCCAAGUCCGCAAAUUCCCCACGAGUGCUGUUGGAAAUGGCCUAUAAGCCGCAAUUCACUCCUUUGAUGGGCAUGGCGGAGAACUCUGGCUGGCGCACGCUCCCAGGCCUCGAAGUCCUUUGCUCUCAAGGAUUCUACCAGUUCCAACUCUGGACGGGCAUUGUGCCAUUGUUUUCGGAUGUUCGAUCCGCGGUUCUGGAUGCUUAG